AAGAAGACGACGAAGUAACGUCAUCACUAAUGGACGAAAAGCAGCUUGUAAACAACAAGUGACGUUAAUGCGGUGCGCUAAGAAGGUUUGAAUUGGUUAGCUGGUUAAAGACCGCGUUUUGGGACGUGACAUGGAUCAAAUCUUCAGUUCAUUUAAAAACCCGUCUCUGUAGUUUUUGUAAUAUCUUUAUAAAAACUGGCAUUUUAGUUCUUUUGCCAUAGGUUGACAUGGUUAAGGCUGGCAGCAACAAAAGAAGGAUGUCGAAGUAAAAACAGCAAUUAGAUAAGGAACGCUUGACAUACUACCGCUUUUUAAAGGUUAGCUGGACAGUUAACUUGGCCGGUUGUUUUAUUUGACAAUUUUCGGGAAGACAACCAUGACAACUCUAACAAGACAGGACCUCAAUUUUGGACGAGUGGUUGCUGACAUCCUUUGUGAGUUCCUGGAGGUUGCUAUUCAUCUCAUCCUGUAUGUCCGUGAAGUUUAUCCCUCUGGAAUAUUUCAGAAGAGAAAGAAAUACAAUGUGCCUGUGCAGAUGUCAUGUCAUCCAGAGCUGAAUCAAUAUAUCCAAGAUACACUACAUUGUAUAAAGCCACUCAUCGAAAAGAAUGAUGCAGAGAAGGUGGUAGUGGUCAUCAUAGACAAAGAGCAUCAUCCAGUUGAAAGAUUUGUAUUUGAGAUUUCCCAACCUCCACUGCUGUCAAUCAGCUCUGACACAUUACUUUCACAUGUGGAGCAGCUGCUGAGGGCAUUCAUUCUAAAAAUCAGUGUCUGUGAUGCUGUUUUAAAUAAUAACCCACCAGGGUGUUCAUUUACAGUAUUGGUACAUACCAGAGAUGCUGCUACACGCAACAUGGAAAAGGUUCAAGUCAUCAAGGAUUUUCCAUGGAUUGUUGCUGAUGAGCAGGAGGUCUACAUGCAGGAGCCUAGACUGAUCCCAUUGAAGACCAUGACAUCUGACAUAGUAAAAAUGCAGCUCUAUGUGGAGGAGAGAGCCCAGAAAGCAUAAGUCCUUACGCUACAGAAAUGAGGGCUUUUUCUGCACAAGCAAAUCUCUGACAACGCUGGAUCAUAAAAAAGUACAGAACACAGCCUAUCAGACCUGGAACAGUCUGAAAGAAAUAAGAGUGUUUGUUGGACACAUGAGUUAAUUAGGAGUGAGAUGUUCCUUAUGAAACGUGUCUGUUAGGUGCAUACAUUACGCUAUGGGUUGGGUUGGGCUGUUGCAUCUGAUGGACAUUUUAUGAACAAUCAAGUCUGGUCCCAACAGUUUGUUGCCUGCCUGUGAUUUUAGCAAAACCCAUACAAAUGUACGUGACUGUAGUUCUAUUUUUAUGCCAUGCUUUGUUUUUUUUUUUUGCUCACAGAUCUUUAGAACAACAACAUCAUCAAAUUGAAAUAUAACACCAUAACAAUACAAUUCCAGGAGUAAUGGCAUUCUAAUGAAAUAGGCCAUAUAAUAUCUACCACCAGCAGCUUCAAGCUAUAGUCAACUUGUGUCAGUUCAGCCAUAGCUGUGUUGUAUUUUUCCUAUAAAAAUGUUCACUUCCCAUUUUUUCUUUGUGGAAAAAUUUGUCUUGUAACAGCCACAAGGAGGUCAGAAAUUAAGUCAUCUUGUUUGACUUGGUUUCUUAACUGACUACAUUGUCCCGCUGAGCUAUUGCUGUUCUGUGUAUGAUGUCUACAGUAGCAUCGGGAAUGCAUUUAAUUUUACUGCUGACAUUCACAUUUAGAUUUAAUAUGUAAAAUGUAUUAAAUGUAAUAAAACAAAACAAGACCAACACUUGAAAUCUGUCUUAGUAUGAGGAUUUGAACCUUGUUAAUAAGCUUAACUCGUUCAUCUACACAGAAUAACAU